UUGAAAUAAUAACAUCCUGACUUCUGUCACACUAUAUGAUAAUGCAAGUAUAUAUUUAGUUAGUGUCUGUAACUCUGUAAUACUGAAAAUAAGGACAAUUUAUUUAUUUAUUUUUUUAUUUAAAUCAUAUAUCAUUCCAUAUAUUUAUACGUAUACAAAUGUUAUUAUAAAAAAUAAUUAUAUAUAUAUUGUAAUAAUUUAUAUAAUUAUACAUAAUUUAUAUAAUUACAAUGCACAUAAUUAAUAUAUUAAUAUUCAAGAUUUUUUUAUUGAACAUUAGUUUAGCAGAAUGGAUAGAAAUUCCUCAAUUUUCUAAUGAAGAAAAAGUAUACAAAAUACCUGUAAAACAAGAUCAUUUUUAUAAAUUUACUCAAAAGGAAAAUCAGUUCUUUUAUACAUAUCAAAAUAUUACUUAUAAAAAUUUAAAAGGAAAGCAAACAACAACUAAUAAAACUGGAGAGUAUAAUUUUUAUAAAUUAAAAAAUAAUAUCAAAGAAGAACCUAUAAUUUUAAAAUAUUUUAACAAAAAUGAAACAACAGAUUCUUUAAUAACCAAAGAAAAAAAAGAAAAUAAACAAUAUUUAGAUAAAAUUUUUAUUGCAAAUGAUAUAGGACUUUUGAAUUAUCUUCCAGUGAAUAUACUUGAAAAUGUUCAUUAUAUUUUAAAAUCUCAACCUGCAUCAAAUGAUGGAAAAAUUCAAUUUUUAAAGACAUUUGAAAAUACAUUAAUUUCUGAAAUAGAAGUUCAACUUGUAGCAAAUACAAUAAUUGCUCGAAAAAAAAGAGGUACUGAUCAGUAUGAUCACAAUUAUGAUUAUGAACAUGCAGCAGGAUUUCCAUCUAUAGAAGGUGCACUUAUGGCUAUUUCAUUUCUUACAUUUGCUGUUUAUCUUGUUAGAUUGGUCAUGCUUUUAUUUAGAAAUAUGAAUAAUUCUGCAUCGACUACUGGCGCUACUUUACUUCUUGGCAGAAGAAAAAAAUCAGUAGGCAAAUUAGAUGAUGAUAUAAGAAUGAUUCUUAAAGAUAUACAUAAUUUUUCUUCUAAAUUUAAAAAAAAAUCUAAUAUAUGAAAAUGUAUACAUUAAUUAGAUAAAUAUCUGUAUCUAAUUAUAUUAAAUAAUAAAAUCUAAAAUAAUUAUUUAUAUAAUUUCAAAUGUUUAAAAAUAUAUUCAACAUUGCUUUAAUUUAUCUUAUUUUUAUAAUUUAGAAGAAACUGAUGGUGAUAAUAUAGGUAAUAAAAUUGUAUUAAGAUAUGAACCUAAUGGAUGUUUUAAUGAAAGAUUUUGUAAUUGUGUAAGAAUUUGUAUUAUUUUAAUUUUCUCAACUUGAUAUAUACCUUUUUUUUCAUAUGGUAUUAGAAUACCUUGUAUUAUAAAAUUGGAUAUUGUUGUAUUAAUUAAAUCAAUUGAUAAAGAAUAGGGAUGUUUUCCCCAUUGGCGUUUUUCAAGAAAUGCUUUUUCUAUUUGCUUUUGUGUUUCAAUUAAAACUGAUUGUAUUGUUAUAUAAUUUAAUUUUGUUUCAUCCCACUAUAAUUGAAAAAAAUUAUUAUUUAUAUAUAUUUAAAUAUUUAAAACUUAUAUAAUUAAAUAUAAAAUAUCAUGAAAAUAUUAAAUUUUACCUCAAAUAGAACAAGACAUGUAACAUAUAUUGUAUCUAUAAAUGGUAAUAUUACAUUAUAGAGAAGAGAACAAACUUUAGUAUUUUCUUUUUGUAUAUAUAUAUUAUUUUGAAUACUUAUAUAAUUUUGUUUUAAUAAUAAAUUUAAUGUUUCUUUC